AGCGCCUUUUGGCUACAAGCGCCUGCUUCUCGCAGUUUCUCUGCCUCGGGCCAUUUCGGCAGGUGCGUAGGCCAGCAACAGUUGCUGCCCGCGCCCCCGCUGGUGGUGCUGGCUGAGCCCGAGGCGGGUGGCGCGGCGAUGGCACCGCGGCGGGCCGCCGGGAGCUCCUCGAGGGCGCUCGCCGCGGCGGGCCUGGCGGCGGCGGGCGCGGCGCUGCUGCGGGAGUGCGCCUUCGUGCCUGGGUCGGCCCGCGCCCGCCGAGCGGCAGACGCGCCUGCCAUGGAGGGUGGCGCGGAGGCCCUGGCGGCGCUGCAGGUCCCGCAGGUC